GGACCGCCUAGGAGCCGGAGAAAGAAGGACAGCAGGAGAGUUAGUUAGCUCGCUAUGCUAACACCCCAAACAACCCGCUCUCCGGCCCUGUCUGACCGGGUUAGCGCCUACGGGAAAACAGCGCCGGAGAGCCCGGUCGCUCCAGGCGCUGAACAGGGGCAGACAGAGCCGGUGUUCUAUCAUUUCAUCCUACCCAUCGAGUGGUCCUACCGAGGCUUACUGCGCAUGCGCACAUCAUUUUUACGUCAAAUGACGAUGGUUUUCGGGUACGCCCAUAAUUUUAUCCUACCUGGAUAUAAGUACGCCAUGGAAAAGAAGUGGGAAACAGUAUACAAUCUUCUGUCUUCGGGAUCAUACCCAUCAGACUUUGACAAAUCACAGCGGCAGAACCUUCGGAGAUAUGCCUCCAAUUUUCAGAUAAAGGAUGGAGAUCUGUUUUUUGGGAAUCAAAGAAGGGUUAUUAAAACCAAAGAAGAAGCCAUGUUGCUGUUCCAGGAGUUUCAUUCCUCUCCCAUGGGUGGACAUUCAGGAAUCUUAAAAACACGGACAGCCAUGUGUUCCAGAUUUUACUGGCAUGGAAUGUCAAUCGACAUUGACAACUGGGUACUGGAAUGUGAUAAAUGCCAGAAAAUUGGAAAGCCUUUGACCGCUGCACAACCACUACAGUGCAUUAAGGUGUCUGCGGUCUGGGAGCUCAUUGGGAUAGACCUAACAGGACCAUUACCAAAAACUUCAGAUGGCUUUCAAUACAUUUUGACAGUUACAGAUUAUUUCUCAAAAUGGGUAGAGGCCUUUCCUUUGAAAACUAAAUCUGCAGCUGAAGUGGGUAGAAAUCUUUGUUCUAUCAUUUAUAGACAUGGCUGUCCAAAGCGCAUCCUUUCAGAUCAGGGACGGGAAUUUGUUAAUGAUCUUAACCAUAGGCUUUGUGAAUUGCUACACAUCCAAAGGAGCGUAACAGCAGCCUAUCAUCCACAAACAAAUGGCCUGGAUGAGAAGACUAAUGACAAUAUAAAAAGAGCCCUUAAAAAAUUGGUCAAUGACCAGCAAAACGAUUGGAAUGUCUAUCUGGAUGCCACCCUGUUUUCAUUGCGGUCUAAAGUGCACACUACCACAAAAUUCUCCCCGUUUCUUUUGAUGUAUGGGAGGGAGGCAGUGUUCCCUUCAGAGGUUCCUGUUGAAGUGCCACUUUCCAAGAUUAUUCUCCCUGAAGGAGGAUACAGCGAGUUUCUUGAUUCAAAACAAAAAACAUCGGAAGCUGUUAAAAAAACAGCAGAAGAUAACAUACGUAAGUCUCAAGAAAAACAAAAAGAAGCAUAUGCCAGAAAAGUGCAGAAGAAAUACCAAAAUGUUGAGUAUAAUGAUGGGGAUGAAGUACUUCUACUGAAUAUGAGGAAGCGAGGAAGGAAAGGCGGAAGAAUAGAACCGGAUUUCUCUGGUCCAUAUGUUAUCCAGUCAGUCCGUGGCAAACUUGUCACAUUAAAAAACCCUGAAGGAGCCAUCCUGAAAAACAAAUACAACAUUGGCCAUCUAAAACCAUAUAGAAGAAGCCAGGCAGCCGACAGUAGCAGCAGCAUCUUCUCUCCUUGUCCUCAGCAGUCUUCUUCCAAGAAGAAGAGUUCAGAAGAGUACACAGACCCAAAUGUACAACGGUGCUCAGUUAUACGUUUAGCUUCAAAACAAGCUGAUGUCAAAAAACAUGUGCAAACAACCACAGUAACUGAAAAGCCUGCAACAAAGAGCUCAUCAAACACUGAAACAACUUCAGUAACUGAAAAGCCUGCAAUGAAGAGCUCAUCAAACACUGAAAGAAGCAUUCAAGAAGAAGUAAUGAGACUCUGGUCUUCAAAGGACAACAAUCAGGUGGAAGCAGUUGCCGGGCCAUACAAAUUGUAUGAUUCUUCUUUUAGAACACUGCAAGGGACCGAAUGGGUCGCUGAUGAAGUGAUUGAUGCAUACCUGAACCAUCUGAUUGAACAACAUAAGACGCCUGUAUAUCAGCUGUGUGCAGUGGUUGCUUCUUCUUUAGCUGCUGGACAGUUUCGAUGUCUCAGAAAGAUGAAGUUCCCAGUUGAGGACACAUGGCUGUGCCCUGUCAAUACCGGAGGACAUUGGAUUCUUGUGAUUGUCAGCAUGUCAAGAAAGAUCCUCUCCAUCAUUGACCCCAUGGGAAAUGAGGGAUUAUAUGAGAGAAAGAUUUUGCGGAACUGGAGGAAUUUUUUAAAGAUGAUUGGACACCAAGAUCACAGCGCUGAAUGGCGAACAACAGUAUUGAAACACAACCCACAGCAAGAUGCGAGCAGCUGUGGCGUUUUAGUGCUAAAGUUCGCAGAAGAUUUUCUUUCUACUGGAGCUAUCGACAAUGUGCAGACAACACAAGCAGCUAUUAGCACCGCCCGAAUGGGGAUAGCCUGUUCAUUGCUUGAACGUAAAGGCAAUGCAGAGGACUACUGCACAGUUUGCUCUAUGCUGGAAGGGGAUGGAGACAAGAGCAUGACUGAAAUGGUGCAGUGUGAUGUGUGCAGUCGCUGGGCACAUUUUGAAUGUGUCCAAUAUAGUAAAGAGAUUUCCGCCAACUACCACUGUAGAAAGUGUACAGUUAACAAAUAACCUGAAUGUAUUUUUUCCUGGAUUAAGCUGCACUUUGCACUGUUUGUUUUAAAAUGUAAAAUCUAAGUACACUGUAUAAUAUGUUUAUAAAAAUGUGUGUUAUUGGAUUACAAUGCAAUGUUCAACUUAAUUAGUAAAAGUAUUAGCAAACCAUGAGAAAAAAAAACUUUGGGGAUUCAGUAAAAUCACAGUGAACCUUAAUCAACUCCCA